AUGAUCCCUGAGGUCGACAAGGAGAUGCCUUUUGCCUCGGGGACUAGCACGGGAGUCUGGACCCUUUACACGGAUGGUCCGUCUAAUGUGACAGGAUUCGGGUUAGGGAUCGUUGUCAAACCUCCCUCAGGUGAUACAAUAAGACAAUCUAUUAGGUCUGCUGAUUUAACUAACAACGAAGCCGAGUAUGAGGCUAUGAUUGCAGGUUUAGAACUGGCUAAAAGCUUGGGAGCCGAGAUCAUCGAGGCCAAAUGCGAUUCUCUCCUGGUAGUCAACCAAACGAAUGGAACCUUCGAAAUCAAGGAUGAUCGAAUGCGAAGAUAUCAGGAAAAAUUACAGGUUAUCCUUCGUCGAUUCAAGGAGUGGACGUUGGAACACAUACCCCGAGAUCACAAUAAUGAGGUGGAUGCCCUGGCAAAUCUGGGAUCCUCGGUAGAAUCAGAUAGAUUCAAUUCGGGAGCUGUGGUCCAGUUGACAAAACCCUUCAUAGAGACUGGCCACGCUGAAAUAAACUCGACCAGCCUCACUUGGGAUUGGAGGAACAAAUACAUAGACUAUCUCCAAACAGGAAAGCUACCAUCCGAUGCCAAGGAAUCAAGGGCCCUCCAAACCAAGGCAACUAGAUUUUGUUUGGUCGAUGGUCAGUUGUACCAAAGGUCAUUCCACGGCCCCUUAGCGAGAUGCCUAGGACCAGGAGAUACCGACUAUGUUCUGAGGGAAGUUCACGAGGUCACUUAUGGAAACCAUUCGGGAGCCGAUUCAUUGGUCUGCAAGCUGAUCAGAGCAGGAUACUACAGGAACGAGAUGGAGGAGGAAGCCAAAACCUUCGUUCGAAAAUGUAACGAAUGCCAAAAACACGCCCCAUCAAUACAUCAACCUGGGGAAGAGCUCCAUCCGGUCGAAGCACAGGCACUCGAGAAAGUCAGGGAAAAAGAAGUCAUUGAUUUCAUUUAUGACCAUAUAAUCUGUCGAUUCGGGGUACCAGCGGAGAUCGCGUGUGACAGCGGGAAGCAGUUCAUAGGUAGUAAGGUUAGCAAGUUUUUUGAAGAAUACAAAAUCAAGAAAAUCUUAUCAACCCUGUAUCAUCCGAGCCCGAAUGGUCAGGCCGAGUCUACCAAUAAAACCAUAUUGCAGAAUUUAAAGAAGAGACUGGCCGGUUCUAAGCACCAAUGGAAGGAGGUUCUGCCUGAGGUUUUAUGGGCCUACCUCACAACGGUAAGAUCAAGUACAGGGGAGACCUCAUUUUCCCUUGUAUACGGAGCCGAGGCCCUGAUACCCAUCGAGCUUGGUGAGCCAAGCUUAAGAUUCCGUUAUGCCACUGAGAACUCGAACCAUGAAGCAAUGUUCGUCAAUCUGGAUCUCAUGGACGAAAGAAGGGAAGCUCUUCAUAUCCGGAUAGCCGCACAAAAAUAG